AUGGUUGCUACAAUCACCUGCAAGCAGUGGUCAGAGAAGGCUCUAAGGUCAACAGAGACUAUACUGAAGACCAGGAAGAUGAAUGGAAAUAAAGCACAAGAGUUAAAGGAAUUACACAGGGCACUACCAUAUCAGGAAGAAGAAGAAGAAGUAGGUGGACCAGACAAAGAAGGAAUGCUGGCUGCUUCUACUUCAGACCAGCAGCAGCAACCAAGACCGUAUCAAGGAGUUCGAGUGAAAGAGCCAGUAAAGGAACUUCUGAAGAGAAAGCGGGGACACUGUAACAGCACAGCUUUAACUACAACAACGGUUGUUUUGCCUCAUGCCACACUGUCGCCAUAUACACCUACUGGCUAUCCAGGUGUACUUGAGACAGAUGGUAUUAUAUCUUCUGUGCCAACCAUGAUUGAUGAGUCCUUCUGUACAAGCUGGCUAUCUCAGCCCUCCCCUGCUGCCCUGCAGCCAUUAUCUCAAUGGACAACAUGCUCUGAUUAUAUACCACAUGAGUCCCUCAAUUCUCCGUAUACAGCAGAUAUGUACGUCCAGCCUGUCUGCCCUAGUUACACAGUAGUCGGACCAUCUUCAGUGUUGACAUAUACAUCUCAGCCACUGUUUACAAACUUUGGGGCUAGAAGUCCUAACUCUGCUGUCAUGCCCCAGAUGGAAAUCACAGAACAACAAUGCCCAGUUUCUUACUUUCCAUGGGCACAGCCUCUCUCUGCCAUACCUGCAUCAUCCUUGCAGUAUCAGUCUUCACCUACCUCAUUACCAGGAACUCAGUUUGUUCCACUGCCCAUUGCAAUACCAGAACCAGCUCUGCAGGACGUAGAGGAUGCCAGAAGAUCUGUCGGAAGCAUAGCCAUUGAGAAACUACUAGAAGGAGAUGAAGAUCAUGAUACGUAUGUUUUAAAUCAUACACUCUCUAUUGAUGGAUUCUGAGAUUAUGCACACAUGUACUUGGGACAUUUCAUUCUGAUAAGCAGGAGCUUGUCAGGAGAUAAAAUGAUUUUAGAGUCUGAAAACACAGUGCUGAUUUCUGUAGGUGAUGUAAAUGGCUAUGUAGCAAUCCAACUGAGAUAAAUCGUUUAUUUUAUAUAGAAUCUGCAUUUUAUAAUACUUCAGUGGCUCUUCUGAUCUCACCACCUGAUGCACAUUUCAUUGUACCACUGCUUUUGUCAUUCAGAUAACAGGGGUUCUAUCCUAGAAUACUGCAACAAAGCUGAAAUAGCAUUUUUUCUACUUUAAAUCAUCAAAAUGGAUCUCUGUGUAGGUUUGCUCUUGUCUUAUUCCUCUGCAAAAUGUUUAGAUAAUGGCAAAAUAGAGCAUCAAACAAAUUUAUCAAAUUUCUUCAUAUUCAGAUAGAUUGAAACAGAACUCCAAAAUAUCAAAUCUGUAUAACUUUUCACAAAAUAAUGCAAAGUUAUCAUUACACGAUCAGAAAAAGAUAUUUAAGUUUAGUAUAGCACAGGCUGAAAGCUUCAAACAUAUUCAAAAGCAGAGUAUUGUAAGGCCAGAUUAUUGCAUAAUAUGACGUGUAUUAUACGUUUGUUUUCCUCCCUUCUUCUGAACUCAAUUCUAGACUCUCCUCGUAUUGCCUCAUUAUUUGUCUAUUAAUCCCCCAUAAAAAUUGUUCGAUGGUGAUACACAACUACUAUACUGCAUUUCACAUUAGGAGGACUUUUCUAAGUGAUUGUUAAGAAAGGGGCUACCAUUUUCACUGCAUGCAGGUGGUGGGCAGGGCUGCAGUGAUUGACAUUGGACCAGGUAUGAAAUGCAACAGAUACAUUCAAUUAACCAUACAGCUAGUGGCUUUCUGGCAAAUCAUUCAGGACUGCAGUCACAAAGAAACAUUUCAGUUUUAGAUUUCAUAUUCAUAAGAAAACACAUGCCAAUGCAAAGUUUGUUAUUAUAGCAAAUGUUCUUUUAUUUUUGUCUUUGUCCCUGAUUCUUGUGUUAAACAGUUAAGAGUAACUUAACUUAUUUAAACUAUUCAUAUGUUCUAAUACCCUUGCUACCUGCUCUGUUACAGUGAUGUAGUUCUUUGCAAGGCCCUUAAACAGUGCUAAAAAUUAUGCCAAAUACUGAUCCACAAACAUAUUUAUUUCUUGUAAACUUAGAAAGUUGCUAGACCAUUAAGUUAAUGGAUGAUAUUAGAGGGCUAGCUGCCCUCAACCCCCUGUUAUUUACACUAUAUCAGUUAUUUUUUUUUUUGUUUUUACUACAAUCUUUAAAGGAACUAUAAUGCACACAUUUUUUAAAAAUUUUAUUUAUAUUAUAUGCUCUGCUUUACUUUGUAUGUUACAGAUGGGAUCAAGAAUCUACGCCUUUAUGUGGGGUGGUACACUUCUGUGGUAUCAGUCACUGGGAAUGGGUGGAGCUUACUACUGACCAUCCUGGUUUGAUAACAGUAGCCCCUUUGUCUACAGUCACCCCUUUCUCUAACGUCAUAGAGAAUACCAUCUCCCCCCUCUUGUAUAGAUGUGUUAUGAAGCAGUGUAGGUACACGUUACCGUGUUUACUAUUCUGUUUUCCCAGUAUUAUGUGGGACUAAAUGCACGUAUUUGGGUAUGACAGUGUGCUUCUCUGUGUGAUUUUCCUAAAUGUACUGAAAACAGUAGCACGUUCUUCCCUUACACAGUAAAAGGAUAACAGGGUUUUACAUGUUACCUUUCUUCACAGAGUGGCUGGACCAAAGGUAUCUGUCUAAUCACUUGUUUCUAUAUCAGUGGUAAUGCACAGUGAUACUGCACUUCUCUGCCAGAGGAUUAGCCUGUCAUAAAUCCAUUUUCUCUUUAUCACUCCCUUUUUUAUGCAGUCUCUUACCCAGUCCUUCAUUCCACAGAUCAUCAUUUAUAUAAAUUCCUUUGUAUAAGAAAGAAUAUGCUAGAAAGAUCUGUUUAAGGAAUUUACUUUCCAGAACAGUUUUAUGAUUCACAUAGACAUUAAUUUAAUUUAAUUUUAGGAAAAUAUAACUACUGAAAAAAGCAGAAGAAAUUAGAAUGAAGGACAUAAGUGAUUUUUCUUUGUCCAAGCUGUUCAUACUGAUUACUGAAAUCUGCCUUCCAUGCUGCUCAAUGGACUCAUUAAUUAUCCUUGAGCAAGAGCCAUAAUGCCCAUGCUCAUUUGUUUCCAGGGAUAAGAGUUCAGGUGGCUGGUAGUGGGAGUCCUCAUUAAUGUUCUGAGAGACUAAGGUGUUAGAGUUAAGCCCUCUUGCACAUGCCCAUCUAUCAACAGUGUAGCAAGGGUAAAGCAAAGAGGGCAGCCACCCAAGGUUCAGUGUGUUAGGGGGCUCAAUGGGAAAAUGCAGUUCCUGUAAUCCUUUUUCUGGAUUGGCAUUUCUGAAUGCGGUACAUAAAUGCAUUUCACUCUUCAUGCAUAAUAAGCUGUACCACUAUAACAGAAGUCCUUUUUUUUGCCCUUCAAAUGAAGAGCUGUAGGUCAGUGUGCUAGAUCACCAGACCAGCACCUUGGUUAGAUGGACAGGCUAUGCCUCUGCCAGUUACGCACCACUGGCAGGUAGAUCUUUAUAAUGUAUGUCCACAUCUAUGAAUGAAAUUUACCCCCCUUGAGUGAAUACAUUAUCUUAACCAGGACUUAAGUGACAGACACAUGAUCUCUGCCCCCCCCCACCAAAAUUUGUGCAGUUUCAUUUCACCAUUCCUCUUUCCACAUUCCAGCUCCAAGUACUUUAGCCACCAGUCAGACUUAUGUCACUUGUAUUCUAGUCAGGGCCUUGUCUGUGUAUGCCAAGAAAACUAGCCAAAGGAAGGGAAAAAAAGUAAUAUAAAUGAAAAACAUAAUCUGCAGAGUUAUGUACCUUUCAAAG